AGCGGGCUCCUGGCCGCUGUAUAGUGUAUAUAGGCGAUACUACCUCUAUAUAGCGAAUACAGCACAAGUUCAACGGUGCCGCACGUGUUUAUACGUGUGUUAUAGGUAUAGGUAGUAAAAGUUGGAAAAGUAAAGGUCAACCAAAAUGGCAAAAGGAACAAAAGUGAUGGAGAAUGUGAGGGAAGGUGAUGAUAAAGUACGAAUGAAAAAGCAGCUUGGUCUGUUAGAAGGGGUUGCUAUUAUUUUGGGAAUCAUAUUUGGUUCAGGAAUUUUCAUCUCUCCAAAGGGAGUCAUUCAAGAAGUGCAAAGUGUCGGCCUAUCAUUAGUUAUUUGGGUGUUAUGUGGUUUAUUAUCAAUGAUUGGUGCCUUGUGUUAUGCUGAACUUGGCACUAGUAUACCCCGCAGUGGUGGAGAUUAUGCGUACAUUCACGAAUCUUUUGGUGAUUUGGCAGCCUUCUUGUAUCUUUGGGCAGCCAAUCUGAUUUUUGUUCCUACCACCAAUGCCAUUAUGGCUCUGACUUUUGCAAAAUAUGUACUUCAGCCAUUUGUCGUUUGUGCUGUUUCGGAUAGUGCUGUGAGAUUAUUAGCUGCAGCUACGAUAUGUUUCCUAACAUAUGUCAAUUGUUAUGACGUGAAGGAAACAACAAAGAUGCAAAAUGUGUUCAUGUUUGCUAAAGUUGGUGCAUUGGUGAUAGUUAUUUUAACAGGCUUAUCUUGGUUAUUUAUGGGACAUGCUGAAAACUUCGAAAAAGCCUUUGAAAGCACAAACACAGAUCCUGGAAAAAUCGCUGUGGCUGUUUAUUCAGGCAUAUUUUCCUAUUCUGGAUGGAAUUACUUGAAUUUCAUGACUGAGGAGCUUAAAGAUCCUUAUGUCAAUUUGCCACGUGCUAUUUAUAUAUCACUGCCAUUGGUGACACUCAUCUAUGUCUUGGCCAAUGUUGCCUACUUAGCAGUUUUGACACCAGAUGAAAUGAUAGCAUCUGAAGCUAUUGCGGUUAGUUUUGGAGGUAAAAUUCUUGGAGUCUGGUCCUGGAUAAUUCCUGUCAUGGUUGCCAUUUCUGCUUUUGGAGGCUUAAGUGUUCAUAUUAUGACAUCUUCAAGAAUGUGCUUUGUUGGUGCUAGAAAUGGACAUUUCCCUGCUAUGCUUAGCCAUAUAAAUGUCAAAAGAUAUACACCAACCCCUGCUUUAGUAUUUUUGUGCAUUUUAUCACUUAUUAUGUUAUGUACAAGUGAUGUCUUUGUAUUGAUAACAUACUGCAGUAUUGUAGAAUCAACCUUUAUUAUGCUUUCGGUUGCCGGAAUUUUGUACCUCAGGUAUAAAUGUCCCGAUAUGGAGCGUCCAAUAAAAGUGUCCCUCUGGAUUCCAAUUACUUUUGUGUUGAUAUGCGCGUUCUUGGUAUUGGUACCAUGUUAUGAAAGACCCGUUGAAGUUGGUAUGGGUGUGCUCAUUACUUUAUCUGGUAUCCCGGCAUACUUGAUUGGAGUAGCUUGGAAAAAUAAGCCUGCUAAAUUCCAAGAAAUCAAUGCCAAAAUAACUCAUGUUGUACAAAAGUUAUUUUUGUCCGCGAGGGAGGAACAAGAAGCGGACUAUUAAAAUGGGAUCAGCAUACUAAUAAAAGAAAAUUACACUACCUUGUUGGAGACUGGUUAACUGUAAGACCAUAUAAGUACUUAAAUGGUUAAUAACUUUUAUAGUGCGGUGCUAUGAAUACCUAUAAAACUUUAUAUUGCGAAUUCACUUUUUGGUAGUUUAAGUCAAUGUUGAGCAAGACUAUAUUACUCGUUCUUAUUUUUUCAAUUGUUUUUAAACAAUUGUUAGAUUUUGAUUGAAUCUCAGUUACAGUGAUUUUGAUAUCAUUUACAAUUUUAAAGAAUAAUUUUAAAGCCUUGUAUAAAGUCUAUGCUUACCAUUUUAUGUUGACUUAAGACUUUUAACAUCUAUAGUUUAGAUGCUUAUCGGGUAUACUAUAUUUUUACAUAAAUUAAUUUUUUCCAAUUAAUUUAUAUUACAUAACAUCAAGAAUAAUACCAAUGAUUUUUUAUUCAAAACUAACAAUGUUAAUGUGAGAUUGUAGAUCCAUGUUAACAUAAAAAUAAUUUUUUUUUGUUUAAUGAAGUUAAUGAUCUGCCAGUACUAAAGAAUCGAGAUUUUUACGUUUUUAAAUCAAUAAUCUUUUUGUAACUAUAUGUUCCAUUGCUUAUUUUAUACAUAGUGAGUAAUUAUUAACCUAUUUUUUUUAUCAUAGGUUGAUAUUUAUAACUAUUACAAAAAUUACUACAAAUUAAAGCAAUUUCAAAAUAUAAUUUUGUUAUAAUAGUAUAUGAAAUUUAAUGAGAUUAUUUUUUGAAAACGCUUGAGAAUUCUUUGUAGGUGUUUAACUAAAUGAUUAUGAAAUAGGUCAUUUUCCUUCACUAUUGUUUGCAUGAAACUCAAACUUUCAAGGGUUUAAAGUGAGGAGUAUCUUUAUUUAUUUCCGUAUUAAUGUCGUAACGUUUGAAGUAAUUUUUUUAUUAACAAAAAAAGAGAAAAGAAAAGGUUGUGUGUAGGAUAAAUGUACAUCUCUAAAAAUAAGUUUACAUUGCAAAUGUCAUAGCUGAAUUUUAGAUAUUAUAAAGAAAUGUGUGUAAAUGAAUGAACAGUAAUUUAGCUGCAAGAAAGCAUCAUUCAACAUUUUGUCAAAACUCAAAAUUAUUAGUGAUUUUUAACACAAAUUGUUUAAAUUAAAAUUGUAAAUAUAUAUACAUUAAUAAUCUGUUUUUCUAUUAGAUAUUUAUAAAACGGUAAAUUAAUUACUUUUCAUUCAUCGAAGUUUUAAAUGAAAAUAACUCUUAGCAUUUAUAUGUGAAUCCUGAAUCUCAUGCUAUUCUAGUUAAAGGUGAUUUUGUAAAACCAGUGAAUAUUUGAUUCAAGCUGUAUUUUCGAGGAAUGUUUGGUUUGGAAAUAUUUUUCUAUAAGCAAGUAUCAGACUAUUUUUUUUUAAAUAAUCAUUUAUAGUAGUAUUGUUUGCUUGAAUUAUUAAAACGCAUAUGAAUAAGGUUAAUGUAUUUUUACAAUGUUUUUUGGUGAAAUUGCAUACAUUAACUCUUACUAAAAAAAGUCAUUAUGGAUUGAAAUUUACACUACUUAUGUAUUCUUCACAGCUUUCUGCACAUCUAGCCUUUUUUAAACUGCUGGACUGUGAUAAAAAAAUGAUACCUUACUGUAAAAAAUAAAUUGUCUACAAAAUAAA